GCUUUUAAGUAUUGUAGUGGAAGCCUUUUCUUUUGCUGCAAACUUGGUAGUAAGUAGUAGUAGUUGAAGUUGAGAGAAAAAAAAGAGAGAAUGGAGAAGCUUUCAGGGUUAGGCCAUCUCUUCAUGACCAUCUUUCUCAACCAUUUCUCUUCUUUCAUGGUGAUUCCGGCCAUUACCGACGUUACGAUGGCCGCAGUUUGCCCCGGACAAGACGAGUGCUCCCUCGCUAUCUACCUAUCCGGGUUUCAACAAGCGAUUAUUGGGGUAGGAACGCUUGUGAUGAUGCCUUUGGUAGGUAAUCUCUCGGACAAGUAUGGGAGGAAAGCUCUGCUUACUGUCCCUUUGACUUUCACUAUAAUUCCUUUAGCCAUAUUGGCAUACAGCAGGAGCAGAAGCUUCUUCUAUGCAUAUUAUGUGCUCAAGAUUCUGACUGCAAUGUUUUGUGAAGGAAGCGUUCAUUGCCUUGCUCUUGCUUAUGUGGCAGACAAUGUGUCGGUGGAGCGCAGAGCAUCUGCAUUCGGGAUCUUGUCAGGGAUUGGCUCCAGCGCCUUCGUGUGUGGCACAUUAUCCACUCGUUUCCUCUCAACCGCCUCCACUUUUCAGGUUUCAGUGGCGGUGGCGAUUGUUGCAGCAGUGUACAUGAGAGUUUUUCUUCGUGAUUCGAUCGUGGAGGAUGAUAUUUCUGCCCCAUUAAUGUCGGAGAAAAAGGGGGAAGUUCAUGAUGCCUGCUCAGAUAGAAAAUCACCUAAAAAGGAUUUGGAAGUAUUUAAAACGAUGCCUUCUCUGGAGGAUACGAUCUGCUUGUUGAAGACGAGCGUGACAUUUUCUCAAGCCGCGAUGGUUAUGUUUUUUAGCAAUCUCGCUGAUGUAGGGCUUCAUGCUUCACUGAUGUACUAUUUAAAGGCUCGGUUUCACUUCAACAAGGAUCAGUUUGCUGACUUAAUGGUGAUAUCUGGAAUUGCAGGGACCAUUUCACAGUUGCUUGUCAUGCCUAUGUUGGCUCCCAGUUUAGGAGAGGAGAGGUUGCUUUCAAUAGGGCUCUUUUUUAACUGUGUACAUAUGUUACUUUAUGGGAUUGGAUGGUCCUCAUGGGUCUCUUAUGCUGCUGCUAUGUUCUCCAUUUUUUUUGUUUUCUCACAACCAUGUAUACGGAGUAUUGUAUCCAAGCAAGUUGGGCCUUGCGAUCAGGGGAAAGCUCAAGGAUGCAUCUCUGGCAUAGGUUCCUUUGCUAAUGUUGUUUCGCCUUUAGUAUUUUCUCCUUUAACAGCUUUGUUCCUAUCUGAGAGGGCACCAUUCAAUUUCCCUGGUUUCAGUCUUAUGUGCUCUGGCUUUGUUUCGAUGGUGGCCUUCAUUCAGUCUAUGAUGAUAAGGGCGGCACCUCCUAUUUCAAAUCACAACAAAAGCAACACUUGCAACUAUGUGGAUGCCUAGUCUUAGCAAAGCUAAUGCUCAAACCAAAGUCACUACCUCUUAGGCUUCCAAUAUGCCCUAUGAAGUUUUAGAUGGCCAUAUCCUGUUAGCUUCAAACCAAUUGGUUGCCACUUGGAUACCAGAGGGUUUUCUAUUUGUCGGACUUAUUUUUCCCCGGAAAAAACACCAGAUGCGGGAUCCUGUCUGCAAGUGCAUCAGUGAUGACAAUCUCUGCUCGUGUAAGCUAUAAAUAGAUUUUGCCUAUAGAUUUUGCAUUGUAGUUUAUUAAUUAUUCGUUAAUGAAGAAUUAGACGUGCUUCCGUCCA